GUGCCAAAAACCGUGGAAGGACAAGAUCUAGAGCUUCGAACCGUCAAUUUUCCUCGUUUCAGACCCCACUUGGGAGGGUAGUCAUCAGAAAGCAAUCCAGCACGGCGACUUUCGAAAAUGCUGAAGGAAGACUUUCCAUGAAACCUUAUACCCAGGACGAAAGUACUUGGAUCUUCAUGCCAUCCUUCUUCUCCCGUUGUAUCGACUUUCGGUACCUGAAUAAUUACGGGUACAUUCAGAGAUCUCUUAGAACUUAUCCGGUGGUUCGAAGUGACCAUCCUGUGUGGAAAAUGUGCUGGAAGGGGGAUGUCAUAGGUAUUCAAAAGCUCUUUAGUGAGCGACAACUUUCUCCUUUCAGUGUUGAUGCUUGGGGCAAUACAUUAUUGCACCGCUCGGUGCUCUGGUAUAAAUGGGAAGUCUGCAAACUUCUCUUCCAAGUUGGCUUUACCGACCAUGGCCUAGAUACAUGUCUAUACAACCAACCGUUGUUUAGAUAUAUAUGUACAGAAGAGCAAGUAGAUGCAUUUGAGAAGACUUGUCACCUGAUCGCCUUACAUGUGGAUGAUAUAGAUCCAUCCUUCAUUGCACGAAGAUUCUUUAACAGUCUUGGGUUUGACCCGAGUAUCCAUUUAUAUUACAAAAUGGUGGACCAAUGGAUUGGGAAAAAGAAUGUGAACGUCCUUUUCUCCGGGUGGAAGAUUUCCCCAAUACCAAUGGCCCUAAGAAUGUUACGAGUGUCCAACCCAGCCGACCAGAAACUUUGGAAGCAGGCUAUUCAGCAUGCCCUAAGCUUGGGUUUAGAUCUUCAUACAACCUACCAUUAUAGAGAUGACAAUAUUGUUACUUUAUUGGACGACGUUCUGAAUAUCGCGGACCAACCAUUCGAGUCUCACUGGUUGGGUCAAAAGUGGUUGGAAGUUCUUGCGGAGUCCGGGAUCGACGUGGUUGAAUACCUUAGAGUCGAGUCUGAAAUCCAUUUCAACUCAUUGUCUAUAAUGGCCAAGCAAUACCAUUAUUGUGGUCGUGCCCGUCAGUUGAUAAUAUCAAAGAAACCGCCAACUGUUUCUUGGGAGUGGUAUAUCGACCCAGCGGGACAAGCUUUGGAUGUUCUCCAAGAGUUCAAGAAUUUUGGAAUAGGGUCUCAACAUAUGGAGUGGUGGCUCGACGACAGCAGGGACUGGCCGUUCUUCUACCCAAGAUGGAAAUAUGAUGCGCAACGACUUCGGGCUGGAUGGUCAGUUUCUGGUAAUGACCGAUCCCGUUUAAGGACCUUCCAGAACCGUUGCGAACGCCGAGAGCAAAAGAAAGCAAAUAAACUUGCCCGAGCGCAGGGGAUUUUACGACGAGGCCCCAAAGUCCCAGGAGCUUGGAUCGACUAAUCAGCCACCAUGUCCGACUUAAAACUGGAUGAAUAUCCAUAAUAGCUAGACAUAUACCUCCACGGUUUCCGAACGAUGGGGCCUAGAAAGCCGAGUCUAGACUUGAGAGACUAAUGCACGCUGACUCCAAGAAUGGAUCAAGGGGCUUGCAGGCUCGCAACCGGAAAGUUCAAUGAACAUCCAGAGAGGAUACUAUCGGGUCUGAAGUCU